UUAAAAACCACAAUAAAACCAAACCAAACUACUCUUUCAUCUUCUUCUUUUUCUUCUUCUUCUAAACUAAAAUGGAAAAACAAAACAAACAACAAUGGAGACCCGACCCAGAAGCACCUCGUGACCCAAUGGAAUUCUUGUCACGUUCAUGGUCUGCCUCUGCCAUGGAAGUCUCCAAAGCUUUGUCUCCAGCUCAACUCCCUCCUCUUUCAAACAAACUCAAUAAUGGCUCUUCAAAUGCUGCUGCUAUACUUGAAGAUUUUGCUGGUGAAGUUGAUGACUCUAUUAUAACUGUUUCUGGCAACCCUUUUUCUUUUGCUUCCUCUCAAACUUCUCAAAUGGUUUUGGAUCGUAUCAUGUCUCACUCGUUUUGUGGUAUUGUGCAGCAGGAGGUAUCUCCAAGAACAUCAGGAAGACUAUCACAUAGCAGUGGACCUCUUAAUGGAUCUUUAACAGAUAGUCCACCAGUUUCACCUUCUGAAAUGGAUGAUUUCAAGUAUAACCGUUCAAGCAACAAUCACAACAAUAACAGCAUUAUCAGCAGCUUGAACAACCAUUACAGAGUCUCUGCCACCGGCGGUGGCGGAGGCGGAGGGAAGACGGUAGGGAGGUGGCUGAAGGAGAGGAAGGAAAAGAAAAAGGAGGAAACAAGGGCUCACAAUGCACAGCUCCAUGCUGCGGUUUCGGUUGCUGGAGUUGCAGCUGCAGUUGCGGCUAUUGCUGCCGCAACUGCUGCUUCGUCAGGUGCUCGUAAAGACGAGCAGAUGGCGAAGACAGACAUGGCGGUAGCGUCGGCUGCCACAUUGGUGGCGGCUCAAUGUGUUGAGGCUGCUGUGGCUAUGGGGGCUGAGCGCGAUCACAUUGAUUCGGUGGUUAGCUCUGCUGUGAAUGUGAGGUCUUCCGGCGAUAUUCAAACGUUGACGGCUGCUGCUGCGACAGCAUUGCGUGGGGCUGCAACAUUGAAAGCAAGGGCCCUUAAAGAAGUUUGGAGUAUUGCUGCUGUAAUUCCUGUGGAGAAGAAUUUGGUAGGUAAUGGUAAUGGUGGUGGGGGCAGUGGUAGUAAUGGCAGCUCCAAUAGUAGCUUCAGUGGUGAACUUGCACCUGAAGAAAAUUUCUUGGGCAUUUGUAGUAGAGAAUUGCUAGCCAGAGGUUUCGAGCUUCUCAAACGCACUCGCACAGGUGAACUCCAUUGGAAAAUUGUGUCAGUUUAUAUAAACAGAACGAACCAGGUUAUGCUAAAGAUGAAGAGUAGACAUGUUGCUGGGACCAUCACAAAAAAGAAAAAGAAUGUUGUGAUCGGCGUUAUCAAAGAAAUGCCGGCUUGGCCAGGACGUCACUUGCUAGAAGGUGGUGACAACCGUCGUUACUUUGGUUUGAAAACAAUUACGCGUGGCGUCGUUGAGUUUGAGUGCAGAAGUCAAAGAGAAUAUGAUGUGUGGACUCAAGGUGUUUCAAGGCUCAUCUCUAUUGCUGCUGAAAGGAACAACAAAAACAGAACAUGUUAAUUAACUAUAAACAUGUUAUAGGAAUCUUAUGUUAACUAUGAACAUGGUAUAAAUCUGUUGAUACAUGGUGGGGUUUUGAUCUAUUUGUAAAAAGGGUAAAUUAAAGUCUUAGUUAUUAUGCUAGAAGAUAGUGGAAGUGGGUCUCUUUAAUCUUGGGGGAUUUAAAUUAGUAUUUUUAUGUAUUUUUUUUAAUGGAAAGUAAAGUAAUGUGAACUAAAGUGAAAAAUGUUAAGCUAUAAGCUGUAUUUUCUUUCUUUCAUUGAUAUGGAAAGAAAAAAAGCAUCUUGGACCUGGCAGUCAAAAAGAAAAAAGUGAAAGAGUCACAUUUUAGUGUAGUGUGUGUGAUGUUAAAAGAUAAAGAUAAGUUGAUUUUUUUUUGUGCUUUUGCUGCUUAUCAAUGUUGGUUUAAGCUUUUCUUGAUUGGAUUUGGAUCCCAAGGAAUUCUUUUGUUUUAAGGUUUAUGAUCUACAGAAAAUCAUUGUUA